AGAUCUCCGCGUGACCACCCACCGCCGCCCCCUCCGCUCCCCCGACUCCGCCUCGUUCGACUUCAAGCGCUCAUGGUCGACAAGGCCGCCGCCGUCAACCGCGCCCCUCGACGCCGCCGCCCCCUCCCCACCCGGAGGCGCAUCCACGAGUCCAUGCGCUACUCCCUCCUCGGCGGCAAGCGCGUCCGCCCCGUCCUAUGCCUCGCAGCCUGCGAGCUUGUGGCGCGACGACUCCUCGCCCUCCCGCCGCCUGCCGCCCCGUCGAGCGAUGAUCCCACCAUGUCCCUCAUCCACGACGACCUCCCUGCAUGGACGAUCGACGACCUCCGCGCGGACAGCCCACCAACCACGUCGUCUACGGCGAGUACCAUCGCCGUCCUCGCCGGCGACGCCCUCCUCGCCCUCUCUUUCCAAACCCUAGCCGUCCACCCCCGCCGUCCCCCGGCCAAUCUCGUCCGCGCCGUCAACGAGCUCGCCCGCUGCACCGGCGCCGAAGGCCUCGUCGCGGCCAGGUCGUCGACAUCAGUCCACGCGGCCUCGAGGAACCCGUCUAGCAUCGAUAGGCUCGAGUACAUCCACCUCCACAAGACAGCCCUUCUCGAAGCCUCGGUCGUCAUCGGGGCCAUCGUCGUGUGGGACGACGACCCAGGCGUUGAAAAGCUGAGGCGGUACGCCAAGUGCGUCGGCUUGCUGUUCCAGGUGGUGGACGACAUCCUCGAUGUGACGAAAUCGUCGCAGGAGUUGGGGAAGACGGCGGGGAAAGACCUGGCCAGCGAUAAGACCACGUAUCCGAAGCUUUUGGGUCUGGACAAGUCGAGGGAGUUCGCGGAGGAGCUGCUGAGGGAUGCGAAGGAGCAGCUUGCUGAGUUUGAGGAGGAAAAGGCUGCGCCGUUGCUGCACUUGGCAAACUACAUUGCUUAUCGACAGCAGUAGGCAGGCAGGAUCAAAAAACAGGUUUAACUCCUCUGCUGUUGUCGUCGUCGUCGUGGUGGUUACUUCAUUACAUUGUUUGUUGUUAUUUUAUACGGUCUAAUCUAAUGUGUUCUGUGAUAGAUGGUGGUUUCAGGAUUAAUGUUGUUGUUGUUGAUUAGCAUAAAAAGUGUAAUGUAAUGAGCAGUUUGUCGGAUAUGUUUCAACGUCUACCCAUAUUAAGAAUCAUAUAGUUUUGGGUACUA